AUGAAGGGGUUAAUCGUCGUCGUCGGGGUGGUCCUCGUGGCUACGGCAGUGCACAGUGCGUCGUUGGAACCGGUCCGGGAAAAGCGACAGUUGGGACUGCUGGGCGGGGGUUUGCUGGGAUUCGGAACGCCCGUUGGAGGGCACGGAUACUACGGAGGAGGUGGUUACGGAGGGCACGGACACGACGAUCACCACCAUCACCAUCAUGAGCAUUACGAGCACGGACACGGAGGAUACGACCAUCAUCACCACCAUGCGCCACCGAGCUAUGGCCACUAUGAGCACGGUCACGGAGGGUACGGUCAUGGAGGAUACGGUCACGGAUACGAGGAUCAUCACCACCAUGAUGAGCACUACGAACACGGACAUGGACACCAUGGGGGAUAA